GGGGGGAGGGGAGCGGCGGCGGCGGCGGCGCGCGGCCCCUUUAAGAAGCCCGAAGGGGGCCGGUCUGGGGAGAAGGAGCCCGGAGCUGGUCGCGCGCCGCUGGCAGAAGUGCUGUGGCCGCCGCGGGGCUGAGUGAGAGCGCAGAGCUGCCCGCCGGGAGCCGCGGCCCUGCCUCCCUGCCCGCCCCGCCGCCCCCACCCCCCCCGAAACCCCCGCUGCGCUCGGCCCGGCCCCCUCAUCCGCUCCGUCUGCGCCCCCCAUGGGCGCCCCGCGGCGGGCCCUCGGGGGCACGGGGGGCCCCGGGACGGCGGCUUAGGAGUCCCCGGGCCGGAGCGGGAGCAGCCCCUGGCGCCGCCGCUGCAGAGACCCCCGCCAGACGGCCCGGCGGCCCGCCGAGAGAGAGGGGGCGUCCAACCCGGAGGAGGCCCCGAGAGGUGCCAUGUGACCUGGGAGGUGCUCGGGUGAUGUCGAGGUCUGCUUGGAUCCCAGGCAAAGAUUGAGAGAGAACCAGAGACCACGAGCGGGGCAGAGGCGGUCCCCACGCCCACUGCCACUAUGUCCGGCUCGGCCCAGCCCGUGACACAGACCUGGCGGUCCUCGGAGCCCCGCUACCCUCCCCACGCCAUCUCCUACCCGGUGCAGAUUGCCCGGCCACAUUCGGAAGUGGGCCUCCUGGAGUACCAGCACCACCCCCGGGACUACGCCCCCCACCUGUCCCCCGGAUCCAUCAUCCAGCCCCAGCGCCGGCGGCCUUCGCUGCUGUCCGAGUUCCAGCCUGGGAAUGAGAGGGCCGCGCUGCCCUCCAUGGCCCUCCCUGCAGCCUGCCCUUCGCCGUGGGGCCGCUCCCCCGCUGGUGUCCCUGGUCUCCGGGCAGUUUCCCGUUGGGAGGCUGGCCUCUUCAUUGCCGCACGACUUGCCCGGGCUGCCCGUGGGAACCGGAGCGCCCGGGCUCAUCGGGGAGGCGGGAUUUCUGACCUGCUUUGCCCGGCUGUUCCGGGGGCCGCCCCCUUGGCCAGCGUUGAGCCGCCCAGUGGGCGCGGCUGUGCGGGCGGGGGGCGCCCCGGGCGGCUUGUGCUAAUCUGCGCGGCUCUCGUAGGCCCCGGGGCCCUGCGCUCAGCCGCCUCUCCGGGCUCCCUCGCCGCACCGGCCGGCCAUUACCUUGGGAAGAUGCCCCUCCCCCGGGGGCUCAGGCCAUGGACAGACGGUGACCACCCGGUCGGGGGAGGGCCCGUGCUGGUGGUCGGAAAGCUUUUCUGCGAACCUCGCCAGCCCCUCGCAGCCUCCUGGGCCGAGCUCCCGCGGCGCCUGGGCGGGGGGUUCUGGCUGACGGAGGAGCUGUGGGGGGGCUUCGGGGAGCUCGCUGCCACCCUGGCGGUUUGCUCCGGGAACAUGUUUCUGGUUUCCCAGCCCCCUUCCCCCACCGUUCUGCGUCUGAGCCGCUCUCUUCCCUCCUGCUGGGGCGGCUUUUGGGUCUCAGACGGUCCCAUGUGCCCCACCCCGGCCGUGUCCGUCCCCUUCCCGGAGAGGAGGAGGGGGCCCGUGUCCCCGCCCGGGAGAGGGGUCGGGGGCCGGCCCGGCAGCGCUGUGCGCACGGUGCCCAAGCGGCCGACGGGAGCUGGCAGGGACUCCCCAUCCAAGCUCUCUUGGGCCCGCCACCCCGGGGCUGCUGCCAGCGCGGCUCGCCGCGGGCCAGCCCCUCACCGUGCCAGCAUCUGCUCGGGAGCUCGUGCCCAGAGCCUCACUGGGGUCAUUGAUGACUGGCGGGGGGCUGGGGGAGGGGGCGCCCACCUGUCGUUGGCGCGGAGCCCCCGCUCUCCUGGCGGGCGUCCAGGGGAGGGAGGCAGUCACAGGAUGUCGCCCACAGCCAGGAUGGGGCUCUUGGAGGACUCUGGGAACCCCUCGGAGGAGCAGCUGCCCGGGCACGGAGCGGGGCUCAGGUUACCCGUGGGCGUCCUCUCCCCACUCCCGGCCUGGCCCCCCAGGAACGAAGGGGCAGAGCCUCCGGGGCCGGGGGACCGCAGCCUGCCCGGAAUGAGGGGCCGGGCCUCCAUGGGCUUCUCGGCCUGGCCUCGGGGGGCUGCGUCCGAGUCCUGCCUCUGCUGCUCGCUCGCUGCCAUCUUUGGCAAGCUCCUCUGGGCAUCAUUGUGGUACAGGGCGCGCUGCCUCCGCUCCUUCUGUCCCCGCUGUGGCCGGGGCCGCUCUGUGUGGGGCUUUCGGACCGAUGGAGACGGUGGUGCUCCUGCUGCUGUUUUACGGGGCGUGUGGGGGGCGAUGAGGAGCCAGUGCUCCUGGCCCCUCCUGGACCCCUCCCCACCUUCGCAUCCCCUCCCCUCGUCCCCCGGGCGCUCCGGACAGAAGCCGCCUUUCUUUCCCUCGGCUCUUACUUGCUUUCAGGACAGCCCAGUGCCCCGCAGACGGUCAGCGCUCAGUGGAUGCUCCCCAACGUGGCCCAGAGAUGGGAGGGGGUCCUGGUGGGGGGCAGGGGGAGGCGCGCCGGCCCCCAGGACUGCCCGGGUGGCCGUGGGAGAUCCCCUUCUCAGGCCUCUGCCCCCUCCUCCUCCUCCGCAAUGUGGGGGCUCAGUCUGGGUGUCAGAGGUCAGGGGCGGACACCCGGCCGGCCCUGGUGACCCCUCCCUUCUGCUUCCUCCCCAGCAGGACCGAAGCCUGGCGGGCAAGCUGGAGCCCGUGUCGCCGGCGAGCCCCGCCCACGCUGAGUCCGAGUUGGACCUCUUACCGCCCCGGCUGUCCAAGGAAGAGCUGAUCCAGAACAUGGACCGGGUGGACCGGGAGAUCACCAUGGUGGAGCAGCAGAUCUCCAAGCUGAAGAAGAAGCAGCAACAGCUGGAAGAGGAGGCCGCCAAGCCCCCGGAGCCCGAGAAGCCGGUGUCGCCCCCGCCCAUCGAGUCCAAGCACCGCAGCCUGGUCCAGAUCAUCUACGAUGAGAACCGAAAGAAAGCGGAAGCCGCCCACAGGAUCCUGGAAGGCCUAGGCCCCCAAGUGGAGCUGCCGUUGUACAACCAGCCCUCGGACACCAGGCAGUAUCAUGAAAACAUUAAAAUAAACCAAGCGAUGCGGAAGAAGCUCAUCCUGUACUUUAAGAGGAGGAACCAUGCCCGGAAGCAGUGGGAGCAGAAGUUCUGCCAGCGCUACGACCAGCUGAUGGAGGCCUGGGAGAAGAAGGUGGAGCGCAUCGAGAACAACCCCCGGCGGCGCGCCAAGGAGAGCAAGGUCCGCGAGUACUACGAGAAGCAGUUCCCCGAGAUCCGCAAGCAGAGGGAGCUCCAGGAGCGCAUGCAGAGGGUAGGACAGAGGGGCGGCGGCCUGUCCAUGUCCGCGGCCCGGAGCGAGCACGAAGUGUCGGAGAUCAUCGACGGGCUCUCCGAGCAAGAGGACGCGGCCCUGGGGGAUGCUCUUGGGUGGCUGGUCCUCCUGGGGAGGGUGCGCUGGGCUCGGAGGGCCCUCGGGGCGGCCUCCCUCACGGAGGAGCGGGGCACGGUGCCCCCACGGCCCAGGGCCUUCCCUGUCGCCAGCCCUACCUCUGGCAUCCCUGAGCCUAACCUGGAAGCAAUUGGCGGCCCAUCCCCCCUUGUACGGGCCCACCAGCGGAUCGUUAUCAACAUCCUCAUGGCACCCCAUGAAGGGUCUCGACCGGCAGACACCAGGCAGUCUGGCAGAGGUCGCGCAUGUGCAAUCGCACAGACACAUUUCCACACUCGCCCCGUUGUGAAAGGGCCUCCGGACAGAAGGGGAGGCGCCGAGCAGGGAGCGCGGGGCAGCCUCCGCUCUGGCCUUUGCCGGCGGCUGUCGUGGCGAGGCACCCGGAGCGAGCGUCGGGGCCGUGGGGGAAGCGGGAGCCGGGCUGGCGCCUCCUGCAGGCAGGCCCGGGGCCCAGUGGGCACGGGCCCCCCAGAAGUUCCCCGUCGGGACGCGGGGAUGGAGCCGGCGCAUCUCCCCCUAAGCAUUAACCGCGGCUCCGAGGGAGAACGCGCGUCACUGAGGGAGACGCUCCUUCCCCCGAGCCUCCGACGCGGGCUCGGACACAACGGGCGGGGUGCGGAGGGGGGCCUGCCUCGGUUUCCCCAGUGCGCUCCGACACCCCCUCCGCCUCUAGGUCCGUGGCCCUCGGGGGGCAUCCGGGAGCCUCCCCAGAGCCUCUGCCUCUCAGUGCCCGUCAGGCGGCAGGAUCCUAGCUCGUCAAGGGGCUCCAGGGGUCCGCGCUCACUUGUGCUCAGUCAGAGCAGAGGCCGUGCCAGAGAUUGGGAUGUGGGCGGGGAGGGCCGAGACCCCGCGGGGAGCCCCUCCCGGCCGCCGGCUGAACGGCCCCGUCUUCCCCCGCAGACCGUGGCCGAGUGCGUCCUCUAUUACUACCUGACCAAGAAGAAUGAGAACUACAAGAGUCUCGUGAGACGCAGCUACAGGCGGCGCGGGAAGAGCCAGCAGCAGCAGCAACAGCAGCAGCAACAACAGCAGCAGCAGCAGCAGCAGAUGCCCCGAGGCAGCCAGGAAGAGAAGGAGGAGAAGGAGAAGGAGAAAGAGGGGGAGAAGGAGGAAGACAAGCCGGAGGCAGAGAAUGACAAAGAGGAGCUGACCAAGGAGAAGACGGAUGACACCUCCGGGGAAGACAAUGAUGAAAAGGAAGCAGUCACUUCCAAAGGUCGAAAAACUGCCAACAGCCAGGGCAGGCGCAAGGGCCGCAUCACCCGCUCGAUGGCCAAUGAGGCUAACAAUGAAGAGGCAGCUACACCUCAGCAGAGCGCAGAACUGGCUUCCUUGGAAAUGAAUGAGAGUUCUCGCUGGACUGAGGAAGAGAUGGAUACUGCUAAAAAAGGUCUCCUGGAACAUGGGCGGAACUGGUCAGCCAUCGCCAGGAUGGUGGGGUCCAAGACGGUGUCCCAGUGUAAAAACUUCUACUUUAAUUACAAGAAGAGACAGAAUCUGGAUGAAAUCCUUCAGCAGCACAAGCUAAAAAUGGAGAAGGAGAGAAAUGCUCGCCGCAAGAAGAAAAAAACCGAAGCCGUGCCCAGCGAGGAGACCCCGUUCCCUCCGGUGGUGGAGGAUGAGGAGAUGGAGGCAUCGGGAAUGAGCGGCAACGAGGAAGAGAUGGCGGAGGAGGCAGAUGCUGCAGUGAACAACAGCUCGGACACGGAGAGCAUCCCUUCCCCAAGGGCGGAUGCCAAAGAGAGCGGCCAGAAUGGGCCAAAGCCGGUGCCCGCCCCCAGCAGUGAGGCCGGGGUGGGGACAGAGCCCCCCUCCAAGAUGGAGGAGACCGCCCCUGGCACCCCCACCCCUGCAGACCUCUCUGCUCCCUCCGUGCUCCCCGCGGACCCUCUGGCCCCCUCAGUGCCUAGCCCCGUGGCGGCCCCCACCGCCCAGGCGGCAGCCCCCGAAGAGCCUGGCCAGGACCCCGGCGAUGAGGAGAAGCCCUCAGAAGAGCUGGUGGUCGAUGUGGUGAAGACAGAAGAGGAGGAGGAAGAGGGGGCAGCUGAAAUGCCCGGGGACGAGGCCAUCAAGAAAGAGAUCAAGAGGGAGGCCGAGGAGGAAGGCGCCGAGAAGGCCAAGGGUGGAGAGAAGAAGGAGGAGGCAGGCACGGGGGCAGCCGAGGGGCCACUGAAAGUCGAGAAGAAGGAGGGGGGCAAGGCCGCCAAGGGCCCAGGCACCAAUCCGGACAGCGACUCCAGCGCCACGUGCAGCGCCGACGAAGUGGACGAGCAGGAAGCCACCGACAAGAGCAGGCUCCUGUCCCCUCGGCCCAGCCUCUUAAACACCGCCUCCGAUGCCAGGCCCAAUCCUUCGCCUCAGAAACCUCUGGACCUCAAGCAGCUGAAGCAGAGAGCGGCUGCCAUCCCCCCCAUCCAGGUCACCAAAGUCCACGACUCUGCCCGGGAGGAAGCGACCCCAGGAAAGCCGGCCCCCCAGGCCCCGCAUCUUCUGCAGCCGGACAGCGAGCCGCCCCAGCCCAGCAGCAGCCCCCGUGGCCAGAGCAGGAGCCCCGCCGUGGCGGAGAAGGAGGAAAAGCCGGUAUAUUUUUCCUCCUUCCCAGAGGGCCAGAAGCUGAGUGGGGAGCCUGCUCCGUGCUGGCCCCCGGCCCUCCCUUUCCCGGUGCCUUCUCGAGAAGUGAUCAAGAGCUCCCCGCAGCUGGAGCCCCCCGGCUUCCAGUACAACCCACCCAGUCACCCCAUCUCGCUCAACCUGCACGACGGCGCCAGGUCCAGCCUACAGAGAGUGCCCGGCAUCUCCAACCCGCCCCCCCUCAUCUCCUCCACCAAGCACCCCGUUGUCCUGGAGAGGCCCGUCAGCUCCCAGGGAGUACCGAUCCAGCUGCAUGCCCCAUACUCCGAGCACGCCAAAGCUCCCGUGGGCUCCAUCACCAUGGGUCUGCCCUUGACCAUGGACCCAAAAAAACUGGUGCCUUUCCCUGGAGUGAAGCAGGAGCAGCUGUCUCCGAGGAGCCAGGCCGGCCAGCCCGAGCCCCUGGUGAUGCCCACGGCCCAGGAGACAUCGGUGCUCAGAGGAACAAGCCUGGGCUCCGCUCCGGGAGGAAGCAUCACCAAAGGCAUUCCCAGCAGCCGGCCGCCUUCGGAGAGCCCCAUCACCUACCGAGGCUCCAUCACGCAUGGCACUCCAGCUGACGUCCUCUACAAAGGAACCAUCACCAGGAUUAUCGGAGAAGACAGCCCCAGCCGUGUGGACAAAGGCAGAGAGGACGCCCUGCCCAAAGGGCAUGUCAUCUAUGAGGGCAAGAAGGGGCACGUCCUUUCCUACGAUGGCGUGAUGUCUGUGUCUCCAUGCCCUAAGGAGGAUGGAAGAAACAGCUCGGGAGCGUCCCACGAGACGUCCGCCUCAAAGCGCACUUACGACAUGAUGGAGGGACGCAUUGGCCGGGGGCUCAAUCGUGACCUCUCCACCGGCAUUGAAGGUCUCAUGGGCCGAGCCAUCCCGCCCGACCGACACAGUCCCCACCACUUGAAGGAGCAGCACCACAGCCGGGGCUCCAUCACACAAGGUAUCCCUCGCUCCUACGUGGAGGCCCAGGAAGACUACCUGCGGAGGGAGGCCAAGCAUCUGAAGCGAGAGAGCACCCCGCCCCGGGACCUGCCCGACCCCUACAAAGUGAGGCCCCUGGAGGGACUGACCCCGCUGAAGAUCAAGGGGCACGAGGGCCUGGUGGCCACUGUGAAGGAGGCGGGCCGUUCCAUCCACGAGAUCCCUCGGGAGGAGCUGCGGCACACGCCUGACCUCCCUGGCCCCCCGCGGCCCCUCAAGGAAGGCUCCAUCACCCAGGGCACGCCUCUGAAAUACGACAGUGGCGGCUCCUCUGGCAGCUCCAAAAAGCACGACGUCCGCUCCAUCAUUGGCAGCCCCGGCAGGACGUUCCACCCCGUACACCCUCUCGAUGUGAUCCAGGAUCCCCGGGCCCUGGACCGCUGCUAUGAGGAGACCCUCAAGAGCCGGCCCAGCUCCGUCACCAGCUCCGGAGGCUCCAUCACCCGAGGGGCACCCGUGAUUGUGCCUGAGCUGGGGAAGCCUCGCCAGAGCCCCCUGGCUUAUGAGGACCAUACGACGGCUUUCGGCAGCCAUCUGCCCCGGGGCUCUCCUGUAUCUACCCGGGAGUCAACGCCCCGGCAGCAAGAGGGAAGUCUCUCAUCCAGCAAGGGAUCCCAGGAGAGGAAGAUCACGGCCACGCCUCGGGAGCUUGCCAGCUCCAAGUCUCCGCACACUGCAGUGCCAGACCACCACCCACACCCCAUGUCUCCCUAUGAGCACUUACUCCGAGGUGUGAGCAGCGUGGACUUGUACAGGGGACACAUUCCGCUGGCUUUUGACCCCACUGCCAUCCCCCGGGGGAUCCCCCUGGACGCAGCUACCGCCGCUUACUACCUGCCCCGGCACCUGGCCCCAAACCCCACGUACCCACACCUCUACCCACCAUACCUCAUUCGCGGUUACCCAGACACCACAGCCAUGGAGAACAGACAGACCAUCAUCAAUGACUACAUCACGUCCCAGCAGAUGCAUCACAACGCCGUCGCAGCCACCGCCAUGGCCCAGCGGGCUGACAUCAUCCGCAGGGAGUCCUCCCUGGCUCUCAACUAUGCAGCUGGACCCCGGGGAAUCAUUGACUUGUCCCAAGUGCCACACCUGCCAGUGCUGGUGCCCCCCACCCCGGGCACCUCCGCCACCUCCAUUGACCGGAUCACCUAUAUCCCCAGUGCCCCCCCACCCUUCAGCAGCAGACCCAGCCCCUCCCCACUCUCCCCAGGAGGCCCCACCCACAUCACUAAAGCGACGGGGACGUCUUCCUCUGAGAGGGAACGAGACCGGGAGCGGGAGCGGGAUCGAGAGCGGGACCGGGAGAAGUCUGUUCUCACGUCCACCACGACAGUGGAGCACGCGCCCAUCUGGAGGCCAGGUACGGAGCAGAGCAGCAGCGGCGGUGGCGGCGGGGGCGGCAGCAGUCGGCCGGCCUCCCAUUCUCACAGCCACCAGCAUUCCCCCAUCUCCCCCCGGACCCAGGAGAACAUCCAGCAGCGACCCAGCGUGCUCCACAACACGGGCAUGAAGGGCAUCAUCUCCUCGGUGGAGAGCCUCACCCCCUCUGUCCUACGGUCCUCCUCCUCGGCCACCUCGCCAGUACGCUCCGCAGGCUUCCCGCCGGCCCCGCACUGCCCGCUGGGCGCCAUGGACGGGGGCUACCCCGCCAUCAUCGACCCCACUGUCCUCCAGAAGGAGGCCUCCCGGGCCCCGCGCUCGGAGCGCCCCCGCCUGGAAACCAACCCCUUCAUGCCCAAGCACCCGAGCCGGGCCGGGCUGGAACCCCCGCCGUCCCCCAGCAAGGCCACCGAGCCGAGGUCCCUGGCCUCCUCCGGCCCGGGCUCGGGCUCCAGCUCGGGCCUGGCGUCUGGCCGCGGCGUGGGGAAGAGCCACGGGGCCCACCCCCUGCUGGAGUCCCAGCCCCUGCACCCGGCCUCGGCCGGCGAGCAGCACAGGGACAAGGCUCAGAACAAGGCCUUCAACGUGCAGGACCUGGACCUCCGUGCUCUGGGUUCCUUGAAGUUGUCUGAGACCGGCCACGUCCGGCAGCCCCCGGAGAGCCAACCGUCACCUGGACAGCCCAUGUCGGCUUCUGUGGUCAAGGGUCACCAGCGAGUGGUCACGCUGGCCCAGCACAUAAGCGAGGUGAUCACCCAAGACUACACCCGCCACCACCCCCAGCAGCUCAACUCUCACCUCCCAGCCCCUCUCUACUCCUUUCCUGGGGCCAGUUGCCCCGUGCUGGACUUACGCCGGACGCCCAGCGAGGUCUACCUCCCCCAGCCGGACCAUGGUGCCGCCUCCCGCAUCUCCCCCCAGAGCGAAGGAGGCAAGAGGUCUCCGGAGCAGGGCAAAGCCUCUGCCCUGAGCAGCUCAGAAGAUUGCAUUGAGCCAGUGUCCCCACCAGAGGGCGUGGGGGAGGCUGACCACGGCCGAAGUGCCCCUUACCCAAUGUUGUACCGAGAAGGGGAGCAGGCAGAGCCCAGGAUGGGAUCCAAGUCUCCAGGGAACAACAGCCAGCCCCCUGCCUUCUUCAGCAAAUUGACCGAGAGCAACUCCGCCAUGGUGAAAUCCAAGAAGCAGGAGAUCAACAAGAAGCUGGGCACCAACAGCCGGAAUGAGCCUGAGUACAAUAUCGGCCAGCCUGGAACAGAGAUCUUCAACAUGCCCGCCAUCACCGGAGCAGGAGGUGGAGGGAAACCAAAGGUUUCGAGCCGGCCCAACCGAAGCAAGGCCAAGUCCCCCGCUCCGGGGCUGUCCUCAGGCGAGCGGCCGGCGUCGGUCUCCUCUGUGCACUCAGAAGGGGACUGUAACCGCAGGACCCCACUCACCAACCGCGUGUGGGAAGACCGACCCUCCUCCGCAGGUUCCACGCCGUUCCCCUACAACCCGCUCAUCAUGAGGCUCCCGACAAACGUCAUCACCCCCUCGCCCCCCACAGCCAUUCCACAAGGGAACUCGAGCGGGCAGCACCACGCCUGGGACGAGGAGCCCAAGCCCCUGCUCUGUUCACAGUACGAGACCCUCUCAGACAGCGAGUGAAGUGGGAGGAGGGGGGACGGAUGGCGGAGGAGGCUCGCCGCGGCGCAAGGCCAGGAUGGAGACGGCGACAGCCAACGGACCCAGUGGCGUUGAGAAUGAAGCUUGUGGAGCGCCUUCCUCUCCUCCCCUACCCCGGGUCCCCCGAGGCUACGGGAAGGGGUGCCCAGAGUCUGUCUGCACCUGUCCACCUGGCAGUCCCGUGUCCUCUUCGGCCCGAAGCCUUAACAAAUCCCCCUUGCCGUGAGGGCAGAAACCCCGGCCGGCGCGGGUAGUGGCUCCCCGCUCCCGGCUGCGUGCAGGGGUCUCUCCCCUCUGCCCCCUGCUGUGCUCAGCAUCUGUCCAGUCCCAUGGGAGAUCACCAACCCAUCAAACGAAUUGACUUUCUCAGGGGAACAAUACCACCUGGUGCUCCACGCCUCCUCUCCAGACUGGGGAGGGGCAGGGAAGCAGGGAAGGCUCGACAUCUCUGUGAGGAUGUGGGGGGCGGGGCGUGGGGGGGGGGCGGGAGGGUGUCCCGGAUGGGACAGACACCCGCGGGCUGUGCCAGCCGAGGAGCGGCCCAGGAUCCGGGACUGGAAGCGGGACGGCCAUUUGUUUCCCUAUUGCCGCCUUGUAGCUCCCUGCUUUCCCAGUGCCAGCCAGCAAACCAGCUCCGUCUAUUCCCACCCCCACCCCACCCACCCCCAAAACGAUUUCCUCCCAGUCUGGGACAAAACGCCGGCUCCGCCCCUCCCUUGUGGCAUCCAGAACCAAAGUUCAGUCCACGCCAGCUCGCCCGCCGCUCCUGGAUCCUCCCAGAGCCCCCGCCAUCGCCGCUUCGAGAUCCCAUCCGCGGCUCUGGGACCCCGGCCCUCCUUCAUGCUCUCCCCCUCUGGAUCUAAUGACGAUCGCCUUCGCUAAAUCAAACUCAGCCUCGGGAAGCCCGAUGCCAAAAUGCAGGUCGUGGGGGGCAGCCGGCGGGCAGGGGAGGACGGAUCGCCGGCCUGUGGGUGCCAGCCGGCCCCGGAGGACGGGAACGUUGCGGGCGAGCCGCCGCCGCCCUGCCGAGAGUAGACUGAUUUUCGGACAUCGUUGCUGAAACGGUGGGAAGGAAAGGCAGUUGUAAAUGAUGUAUUGGUCUACAGGGUAUAUUUUUGAUACCUUCAGUGAAUUAUUUCAGAUGUUUUACGUGAGGAAUGACUAAACAGUAUUACAGGCUGCUUUCGGUCUCUGCUUUUACUGCAAAAAAAAAAAAAAAAAAAAAAAAAAAA